UUGUGACUUUUUCGAUCGCUUUACUUGUUAUUUCUUGUACGGUCUGACCGGACAGAGUUUUAUAGUUUUAGUUCAUUUUAAUAAGAUGGAUUCAACUUUACGUGAACAAGUUAUGAUAAAUCAAUUCGUACUAGCAGCAGGUUGUGCACAAGAACAAGCUAAGCAAUUACUACAAGCUGCUCAUUGGCAAUUUGAGACAGCACUAUCAAUAUUUUUCAAUUAAUGACACCAUGCAAUACGCCAGCGACACCACCAAAUUUUCCUGACGCAUUGGCAGCAUUUUCACGACUGUCCACUACAGGCAGUCCAAGUAACACAAGUGGGCCAUGUGGCAGUGGAGCGGCUGCCCCAGUGUCACCUCUCGCCACACAUCCCCCCCCACCGCCACCAACACAUGUUCAGAUGAAUGUGUUUUCAAGCUCUCCAAAUUCACAGACAAAUUAUACACCAAUUUCUUGCUCAACUGCAAUUAGCAGUGAACAUAUGCCAAGAUAAAUUAUAUCAAUUAGUUUAGGAGCAUCUAUAAUUUAUUUUUCUAAUGGUGCGCAAUGUGAGCUGUGGAAUUGUGUAUGAAAUGUAUAUUACUUUAGGAUCACCCUACUGCAGCGUUGAUUUGCUGGACAAUAUUUGGGGUGCUGUAUUGUAGUCAAUCAUGUUAAAUAUUAUUAUGAAAUUGUAUCUAUUUAUAUACAGUGAUUUCAGAUAGUGCACAAUAAAUCCUAUGAAUUGUGUUAAUUUUGGUAAUCGAAAUUGAAAUUUAUUGUGAUUAAAAGAAAUAUUAUUAUAAAAUGUAAUUAAAUCAUCAUUAAUAAUCAUGACUAUAAUAUGCAGAGAGUGGAAAGUUGACAGUCAUACUAGGAUAAUUAUUAUGUAUUAAGAUAGAGUUUGGUUUAACUGUGGUCAAUAAUUUUCAUAUAAUAAUAUAAGAAUUUCAUUGACAUCAGUUAGUUGCAUCCAGUGUUAUUGACAUAUACUGUUUUUGUCAUGAAAUUCCUAAAAAUGUUUCACACUGCAUGUCUGUUUAAAACCAUGUUGAUAUUACAUGUUAUUUUUAUUUUAUAUCUUACUUUUAUAAGACACUGCUUUUGACAGUCGCCAAUAAAAAUAUUAAGCAUUAGUAUGUAUUUUUGUGUAUGAUGAUUUUUUUUGUUUAUAAAAGACAUCGUUAUAGAAUAAAUUUAUACAUUCUUAAUUUUUCACUAUGAAAAAUCUGCAUAUGUAAAUAUAUCGUUUAAAUUAAUAUUUGGUGCUUAAAUUUGUAUAAGAACACAAUCUCUUUGAAGUGAAUGACAAAAAUUAAAAAAAAAAUAAACCUUCUUAAGUAAUGUUAAUGUACAAUACCUAAGUGUUGAAACAAUGAUAUAAACCUAUCUUCCUCGCUACAAGUUUCAUCUGAGAUCUAAAAGUGUCAUUAGCGAAGCUCUGAGUGUACAAUAUUUUGUAUCCUAACUAUAUAAUAAAUACUAUGUGAUUA